GGGCUGCUCCACGCCUGCGCGGCACUGACUGGACUCAGCCGUUUGGGGAGAUUAGUGGGAACCUACGCCUGGAGCGAACCCCCCUCCGAACGCCAUCUUGGCUCGAGACGCUGCUAGCAGAGGAGCCAGGGUCCACUCUCCUCCGGCCAUUUCAGCUCCACCGACCAGCUGCCCGGAGCGCAGAUAGAGGGAGGAGCCUGGCGUUUCUGGAAGUCGGGGAGGCAGCCAGUCCAAACCAGCCCCGCGUCCGAACCCGAACUGGAGCGACGGGUGCAGAAUUUUCUGUACUGUAAACCCGACGGGAAUUUUUUUUUUUAAAUCGGGAAAUGAACGAGUCCCGGUUGGGAAGCUAAAUCAUUCCGCAUCCCGGAUACCCCCCCAUGUUUUUGUUUUAAUCUCUCCCCUCCUGGCUCGGCUGUCGGUGGGGAUAAGCCCUCCGUGAUCCGCUCGGUGUGCGGAUCCGGUUUUUCCGUUGCUAGCUAGCCGUUUUCCAGUCCCGUUAGUUAGCUUGCGGUGAAGGGAGCAUCUCCGUCGGGGCGGGAAGCGUCCGUGGAUGCUGCCGAGGGACUCCGGCGCCGGCCCACGUCCAGCAGCGAGUCCCAAAACCCGGGGCAUGCGAGGAGGAGCGUGGGAAACUCCACGCCCCGGGGUCUGCUCUGGGGCCGCCGUGUAGUUUAGUUAGCUAGCUGGCUAGCCAGCCGACCGGGAGAGAGUCUCGGGAGAAGGUGGGGCAGCGGCUGCCAGCUAACGUGGCUAGCCGACUAGUCGAGCCCGCUUGGUUUUUCCCCAUCUGACAUUUGAAUUUCUCGUGGCGUGGCGCUUUGGUGACCACAUUUUCCCCGCCGAACGGGCUGUCGGUGAUCGCGUGGGUGGGAUUUCUGCUGGAGAGCAUCCUCCUCGCCCACCUGGAUGACCAUGGCGGACGACGACGUGCUGUUCGAGGAUGUGUACGAGCUGUGCGAGGUGAUUGGCAAGGGGCCCUUCAGCGUGGUGAGACGCUGCAUCAACAGGGACACCGGCCAGCAGUUUGCGGUGAAGAUCGUGGACGUGGCCAGCUUCACCUCCAGCCCCGGCCUCAGCACAGAAGAUCUGAAGCGGGAGGCCAGCAUCUGCCACAUGCUGAAACACCCCCACAUCGUGGAGCUGCUGGAGACCUACAGCUCUGACGGCAUGCUCUACAUGGUCUUCGAGUUCAUGGACGGCGCAGACCUGUGCUUUGAGAUCGUGAAGCGAGCCGACGCCGGGUUCGUCUACAGCGAAGCCGUGGCCAGUCACUACAUGCGGCAGAUUCUGGAGGCGCUCAGGUAUUGCCAUGACAACAACGUGAUUCAUCGCGAUGUAAAGCCUCACUGUGUGCUGUUGGCCUCCAAGGAGAACUCCGCCCCCGUCAAGCUGGGAGGAUUCGGCGUGGCCAUCCAGCUGGGGGAGUCGGGUCUGGUGGCCGGAGGUCGGGUCGGCACUCCUCACUUCAUGGCCCCAGAGGUGGUGAAGAGGGAACCGUACGGCAAGCCGGUGGACGUGUGGGGCUGCGGCGUCAUCCUCUUCAUCCUCCUCUCUGGCUGCCUGCCGUUCUACGGCACCAAGGAGCGUCUGUUUGAGGCCAUCAUCAAGGGCAAAUACAAGAUGAACCCGCGUCAGUGGGCGCACAUCUCUGAGAGCGCCAAGGACCUGGUGAGACGCAUGCUGAUGCUGGAUCCCGCAGAGAGGAUCACCGUCUACGAGGCCCUGAACCACCCCUGGCUGAAGGAGCGGGACAGGUACGCCUACAAGAUCCACCUGCCCGAAACGGUGGAGCAGCUGAGAAAGUUCAACGCCAGGAGGAAGCUGAAGGGUGCAGUGCUGGCGGCGGUUUCCAGCCACAAGUUCAACUCCUACUACGGCGACCCCCCCGAGGAGCUCCACGACUUCUCAGACGACCCGACCUCCUCAGGAUUGUUAGCUGCAGAAACAGGGGCAGUUUCUCAGGUUCUGGACAGUCUGGAGGAGAUCCACGCGCUGACGGACUGCAGCGAGAAGGACAUGGACUUCCUGCACAGCGUCUUCCAAGACCAGCAUCUCCACACUCUGUUGGAUCUCUAUGAUAAAAUCAACACCAAGUCCUCUCAGCAAAUCAGAAAUCCUCCCAGUGACGGAGUCCAGAGAGCCAAAGAGGUCCUGGAAACCAUUGCUUGUUACCCGGAGAACUUGGAGGCCAAGGAGCUGCGGCGGAUCCUCACGCAGCCUCACUUCAUGGCUCUCCUUCAGACUCACGAUGUGGUCGCCCACGAGGUGUACAGUGACGAGGCGUUGAGGGUGACGCCCCCUCCUUCCUCGCCGUACCUGAACGGAGACUCCCCCGACAGCGCCAACGGGGAGAUGGACCUGGAGAACGUGACCCGGGUCCGUCUGGUCCAGUUCCAGAAGAACACGGACGAGCCGAUGGGCAUCACUCUGAAGAUGAACGACCUCAACCACUGCAUCGUGGCCCGCAUCAUGCACGGCGGGAUGAUUCACCGACAAGGGACUCUGCACGUGGGAGACGAGAUCAGAGAGAUCAACAGCAUCAGCGUGGCCAACCAGACUGUGGAGCAGCUGCAGAAGAUGCUGAGGGAGAUGAGGGGCAGCAUCACGUUCAAGAUCGUCCCCAGUUACCGGUCCCAGUCCAUGUCCUGCGAGAAAGAGUCUCCGGAUUUGUCCCGGCAGUCGCCCGCCAACGGCCACGCCAGCGUGACCAGCUCCAUUCUGGACCUGCCGUCAACGAUCCAGCCCAAAGGCCGCGUGGUCUCCAGACCUGCCAUCAAGGAUAAAUUGUCCAUUAAGAUCUACGUGCGCGCGCAGUUUGAGUACGACCCGGCCAAAGACGACCUCAUCCCCUGCAAAGAGGCGGGCAUUCGCUUCCGGGUGGGCGACAUCAUCCAGAUCAUCUCCAAGGACGACCACAACUGGUGGCAGGGAAAGCUGGAGAACACCAAGAACGGCACGGCGGGCCUGAUCCCGUCGCCGGAGCUGCAGGAGUGGCGUGUAGCGUGCAUAGCAAUGGAGAAGACCAAGCAGGAGCAGCAGGCCAGCUGUACGUGGUUUGGGAAGAAGAAAAAGCAGUACAAGGACAAGUACCUGGCCAAGCACAAUGCAGUAUUUGAUCAACUAGAUCUGGUGACGUACGAAGAGGUGGUGAAAGUGCCGUUUUUCAAGAGAAAAACUCUGGUUCUUCUGGGUGCUCAUGGAGUAGGCAGGAGACACAUCAAGAACACACUCAUAGCCAAACACCCGGACCGCUUUGCCUAUCCGAUUCCUCACACGACUCGUGUUCCCAAGAAGGACGAGAAGAACGGGACCAACUACUACUUUGUGUCCCACGACCAGAUGAUGCAGGACAUCAGCAACAAUGACUACCUGGAAUACGGCAGCCAUGAGGAUGCCAUGUAUGGCACCAGACUGGAGACCAUCAGGCAGAUUCAUGCUCAGGGCAUGAUGGCCAUCCUGGAUGUGGAGCCACAGGCACUCAAGAUCCUGAGGACAGCAGAGUUCGCACCAUACGUCGUCUACAUCGCAGCACCUACCCUAACCCCAGGCCUGACGGAGGACGACUCUCUGCAACGGCUCCAACUAGAGUCCGAAACGCUACAGCGGACCUACGCCCACUACUUCGACCAGACCGUCAUCAACAACGAAAUCGACGACACCAUCCGCCUGCUGGAAGAGGCCGUAGACCUGGUCUCCACGGCCCCCCAGUGGGUCCCCGUCUCCUGGGUUUACUGACAGGAAUAGGAGUGCCCCAUCGUGCAUCUGUACAGGAAAAAGAAACUUGACCUCAUCUCCUUCUGUUUCUUUGUACAUAUAUACAUAAACAUCUGUACAUACUGACUAUCAAUCAUCCAGUUGUGUCCUGUUGAAAGAAAAAUGAACAACUACUAAUCAUGCUCCAUACACUCAAUCUGACGGGACACAUAAGAAAAAAGGCAAUAGCUGCUGUCCCCUCCGCAGACUGAACAUUCAAGCACAUGAGAAACUGCUACAGUGGCUACACGUUCAAAGUCUGAGCUCCUCAAGCACAGUAGACUGGGCAGUUUCUGAACACCAUAUACCCCACUACCCUGAAAGGUCUGUUUACAUCAAAGUUUGCACAAACCUGAACAGAGACGUGUGGUCUUUUGCCCUCGUCUCCUCCUCUCCGACUUUGGAAGACGAGCAUUGAAAGCACAGACAGACUCAAACACUGCCUUAUGAGAGCCCAGAGGGGGAAGUCCUCAACACCUAUGCACACCCCCAUAUCACGGACCGCCCACGCUUCGGCGUCCAGCCGGUCUUCGUGGAGGCAGACACGUGCGACCCAUCUGAACCGUCAACCCUCGUUCCUCCCAUUCUACAGAGUGUUUGUUCGGGAGACCGCGACUCACCGUUAAGUGUGUGUGUGUGUGUGUGUAAAUGUUCUAUGGUGCGUACCUACAUCACCAGUGAACCAAUAAAGAGCCAGUGUGUGUAUAUUAACCCUCUAAAAGAAGCUCCUACGUCACAUCACCUACUCAUUCUUUACCCUCCUGUGGACCAACGGUUCUCUUAGCCCCACAAACCCACGGGGAUCAAACUGUGACGCAGUCUGUCAGACCGCCUCCAGAGUCCAUUGUAUUUUCUUCGUGUCCUGUGUAAAUGACCUCUGCCGUAUGAAAUGUUUGCUUUUUGUUAUUUCAUUUUUAAAGAAAUAUAUUUCAUUUGACAUGAA